GUACCUGGCCAAGGGGAAUGAGGGCUGUCCUGGCAGCUGCUGGAGGGGCGGAGGGCGCAGUGCCACAGAUCAUCAGGGGCAGGGCUGGCUGGUGGAUGGGCAGGCUGCCAGCACUGGCAGCACGGUGCCAGGAUUAGCUGGGAAGGGGACCGGGGUGGGAUGAUAUAUUGGGCUUUUAUUGCUGUCUAUGGGAGCUCUCAGCUAAUCUGCGCUCAUAAAAUUACUUCUCGUUGGUUUAGUGGCCACCCAUCCUGCCAGGGCUGAGCACUGCCACCCUCCCCUGCCCCAGGCUGGCUUCCAGGGGCUCAGCGCUCCUGGGAUAUCCUGCAAGGGAGGUUGGUACCCAGCCCGACACCAGGGUCAGCACCUGUACCCCACAGGUGAGAGCACCCUCCCGGGGCAGGGGCACCCAGGCAAGAGGUGGGCAAAGGGAUGAGUGCUCCCUCCCCGGGGUGCCAGGGGGAAGGCUCCGCGCUGCGCUGGCACCCGCACGCAGCCAGCACCCCCCUCCAGGAGUCUAAUUUGGGAGCAGAAGCAACAGCGGGUGUAAGACAAUAGCGGGGAAGUGGGUGGCCGGGUGGGGAUGGCACGGAGGGAUGACGCAGCCGUGCAGCCCUCGCCAGCGGGGCCCCCCAGCCCCCGAGCCCCAGCUCUGCCCCACGGCGUGAGCUGCCACCGGCUGGUAUUGCAUCUGCAGCCCCGCUUCCACCUGCAGCCGCCCUGGACAUGUCCGUGGGGGGCUCCCCCUGCCGUGCCGCCCCCACGUCCCGGGGGAAGGAUGUACCGGGGAGAGGCAGAAAACGCAGCCGGGCUAAGACGGACCGAAAUGCUGCUAGUGCAGGCAGCGGGAGGCGGAGGGGCCGGCCGGCCCAGCGCUGCCCGCGGAGCCGCCGGGCCGGGGCUCACACAGGGCUGGGGGAGUCCCGCCGCCCCCGGGCCGGGCGUGCGGAGGGACAGCCCGGGCCGCGCACCGCAGGGAGGGCUGCGUUUGGCCGGCUCGGAGCGCUGCGGCAGCGGGAAGGGAGCGGACUGCGGGAGAGAGAGUGUCUUGUUCUAGGUGAUUUUUGCCCCAAAACUGGGGCAGAAGGGACCUCUUCAUCAGGAUGAGCUCCUUGCAAGUGUGACAUCUGCCACCACUUCCACCAAAAGGAACAGAAAGCCAGCUCGUUGGGCAGCAAGCACCACAGACCAUGCCCAUCUCUUGG